CUUCUUCGAGACCCCAACUACAAGAUUUCCAGCCAAGAUGCGCGUAGCUGCCGUUUUCACCGUGUUAUUCGUGGCCCUUGCGACUGCCACCACUGACGCCGCUCCAGAAACCACUGCAUGCGACCUCCCUUGCGGCGAGGGCGAGACGUGCACGCUGCAAGAAGUUCAAUGCAUCACCGCACCAUGUGAUCCGGUCCCUACGUGCGUUCCGGUUGAGACUCUAUCGCUACCGCCUGAGCCUGUGUGCACCAUGAAAUGUCCAGAGGGUGAAACGUGCCAGAUCAACUCGGCGGACAGCUCUCAAUACUGCCUUAGUCCUUGUGCUUCGGUGCGCUGUUCGUCAGGCUACACCUGCCAGGUCGAACAAGUCCAAUGCAUCCGAGCCCCGUGCCCACCUCUCGCGGUUUGCAAGCCCGACAAGAAGGGGAAGAGCCCUUACACCAAGAGAGUCCUUCGGGUCACAAGCAACGAACACUAAAAGCCGAUAGUAGUAGGCACACACCUAUGUACCGACGCGAGAUUUCAAUGAGUUCAUUUCACAUGUAUUCGUCACGCAAUCCACAGCACUCGUCAAUGCAUUCAUCAAUCAUAACGAUCGCUUUUACUAAAAAAAAGGUGAUUAAAAAUUCUCUUCACGCAUUACAUGUGCA